CUCAGCAAUGAAAGUUUGGCGGUUGCAAGUUGAGGUGAGAAUGGGCAGGCCUGGCAGUGAGCGGCGAUAGGGCCUGUGCUGUCGCAUGCCAAUGGAGUCCCGUCGACUCUUUUCUGGACUGGCUGGCCUCGUUUUGCUCCUGUUGGUGAAACUAACUGCUGUAGCCACUAAAAGUCCGACUGGAGGUCAGAGAGCGGUCCGUCACUUGGUUUAUUCUCCGAUGCCAUCGGCUCGAACCACCGCUGAACGAAAUUCUUUGCUUAAUUCCAAUUGUUUUGUUACGAAAAUCAUAGCACGACCUAAGGUUAGAGGGGGAGGGGUCCGGGUCCGGGUCUCGUUGAGAUGGUGCAGAGAGGCGCAUAAUUGUUCUGUAGACUUUUACGUUUGCGCGUUCGCGGGAAAGAGGGGCCUAACUCCUUACCUCCUAACCCAGGCGUGUACAAGUACCAAGUAGCAGCGACCGGCGCCUGUAGGGUAUCACCUCUAACUGUCUAGCUCGGCCUAGCAAAGAUGCUCGUGACAUGGUUCAACCCAGGGCCGGGGUUCAAGGUAGGGAGACACAUCGUCUUUGAAGCAAUCUGAUCAUAAAAGAUGCAUGGUCAGUGGCUGGCGCCUCAAUUCAUGCUGACCCUGAGCAUCCAAUCCAUGC